AUGGAGAAUAACAACGCACGAGUCACUGACACCCAGUCGCUCAGCCUUACCGAGCCAGAUUGCAGCCGUGCCGCCACAAAGGCACACACAACUGUAACGAAUGACGCUGCGGCUUCCCAACUCAAUCAUAGCCCAGUUUUUCAGCUCGAACAAAGACAUGGGCCUCCCAGAGAUGUGAUAGAAACCUGGCAGGAGAUGCGGGAUCGCAUUCGUCAGCGAUACAGCAAUUCGCUCAUUGAUCCCACCAACACCGAGCCUUACGGUGGUCUAGCUUGGUCGCUCAUCGGGGAAGCUGUGGCAUAUGGCCUGGUGUAUCUACUGGCUCCCUUGAUCAUCGAUGAAACAGUCCUCUACUUUGUGGGAAUUAUUGGUCCUUCUCUCCGCACAAUUGCCUGGAUCAAAUUCAUCCGAUAUUGGCUUCCAUAUCUGAUUGCAUGCAAGUUUUUCGUUGGGAUAGCGAACAGAUACUUCCAGAGAACCCCCGGUUUUCUCGUGAAAUAUGUCCACCAUGCGUUGAUUGCAACUAGUACCAGAUUGAUUCAACAUGCAUGCUCCCCUAUUGCGCAUCCAUCUCAGAAAGAUGCUGAUCACCCCACCAACACUCCUGGAUUCUGUACGCAUGAGCUGGAGCAGCCCCAGUCUAGCAAUGCAGUUUUGGCUAUAAAUGCCCAAGAUUCCGAUCACGCAGUAACAUCACCACAACCAAGACCUUUAGCGAGCUUUCCAAGCCAUAAAAUACCGUCAGGAAAGGCUAAAGCCUGGCCCGGGAUGAUGCGGGUAUUGCAAGAUGUUGAACUGCCGCCUCGGAUGCAUGCGUACGAUCAGGAUGCAAACUUUAUUCGGACUAGCACGGAGCCUAAACUCAUGGGAAAAGCGCUUGAAAAUGCCUACGGAUUGAGAAAAACUACACCAAUAUCUGUUAAUAUGCGAGAACAAGAUUUUCCCCAGGAUAAAGCACCAGAAGAUCUGGUUGCCACGCCACUGUUCGUCCUAGAGGGGCAGGCUUGUACUCUCACACCAGGUACUAUUAAUGAUGCACGGCCGAAUGCUAUCGAAAAACUUUCGGAUGAGCUUGGGAAUGAUGUCCAAGAAGUUUCUGACGUUCAGCGAAGCUUGCCUUCAGAUGCUGAUAAUAAUGUAUCUGCGCCUCAUCAAUAUCGCACACCACCAAACACUAUUGCGACUUGUUGGAAUGCAUGCCAAAAACUAGUUCUAUCUAUACCGCGGAUUACCGAGAUUGAGUCUACAGCUUCUGAUACUUUAGGGAAGACGUUUGAUAAGUCUCAAACCAUAACCGUGCUAGAACAAAACGUUGUACAGACAUGUGAGUCAUCUAACCCCGACUUGGCCCUCAGUCGAUAUCAAUUCCCAUACGUUUUUGACGUUCACACAACAAAUCAAGAUAUCUGCAGGUUUUUGCAGAAGGCUAUUGAGCGCGUCGCACGCCGCGGGGGCAGAUUUGGUAUUUUAGCUGAUGGCUACUCCGGCACUGGAAAAUCCUACACACUCUUUGAAGCUCCUGAUUCCAUCGCUCGAUCUACCGGGGAUGUCCUUUUUGGAUAUUUGAAACUCAAAGAAGUCUUGUUCUCCGCAACAGAAGUAGUCCAUAGCCAUGACCGGGGUGUCUUUAUCAAGCCGAUAGAGUUUUCACCAACUAAACUUCAGUCAAUCAAAUGCACGGAAAGGAAUAUAAACGCAUUCAAAAAGCGCAUGCUGGCAUAUCCAGCCACUUCAGCAAAGGAUUUUAAUGCUCUAGUAGGUUGGACUGUUCAGAGCCGGGAAGUCUGUCCCACCGCAACUAACCAAAACUCCUCACGAAGCCACUUGGUUUGCCAGAUUCUGAUUCCAAAGGCAAACGGCUAUGCUAUGCUCACGUUGGCGGAUCUCGCUGGAGCCGAGGAUCCAAGCGUGACUGAGAAAGGAAGCAUCAGUCAGCUUAUUAAUCAGGAGCGAUCCAUGUUCAACCAGCAAUUCCUCGCGUAUGCGGAAAACCCAAAAAAAGGAGUGUUUCGUACUGGCGAACUUGCAAAAGCAAUGCGUACAGCAUUCUCGGAACAUGUUCCGCUUCACCGUCCUGCUAUUCUAUACAUCCCGCAUGUUAAUAAAGCACAAAGCACGAAAAGCUGUUCUCGACCGCGCCUUGACAUGGGAAAGGCAAUUAUGGAUGUUCAGAACGAUUGCUAA